AUGGUUGAUAAAACGGAUAAAUUGAUUUAUCCAUUUUGUCAACCAUUUCAAUUUGGUACAAUUCGGCUUCUUGGAAGUUUUGGCUGGGGUUUGGCAAUGUUUAUUAUGGGUAUUGGCUUAGAUUAUUCGGAAACUUUCCGCAAUCAUCCAUGUCCAACAAAGAACACCACCGAAAAGAACUAUACGCUAUGUUUUGUCGCAUAUUCAUUAUUCAUGCUUGCUGCAAUGCUUGUUGCUACACAAUUUCGCUUCGGUAAUGAACAGCGUCCGGAUGACGCAGCUUGUACGGUAAUAGAAACUCGAAUUGAUGAACUUGCUCCAGCAGUAGCAGAAAAAGCUCGAGUACGACAAUUACAGUUGGAGCAUUCACAUGAUAAUGCACAGUGGAUUCUAACUAUCAAAGCACUGUUUCGUGGCCAUGCGGCACUUUAUCUGUUGACUGUUACGACGAUUGGUUUUGGUGCCGGAAUCAUUUUUACCUUCCUUUUCUGGCAUUUACAGGACUUUGGUGGUUCACCAAUUCUGUUCGGUUUUGCAUCGGUGGUUAAUCAUGGAGCAGAAAUUGGUGCUCAUUUUUACUGUUUUCAACUGAUUAAUAAAUUUGGCCACAUUAAGUUAAUAAAUAUUUGCCUAUUAACUAAUGUAAUUCGUUUCUUCAUAAUUAGUUUACUCACAAAUCCAUGGAUGGUACUUCCAUUACAAGCAUUACAAGGUUUAACUCUGGCAACAACAUGGGCAUCUGCGUCAUCAUACAUUUCACUAAUUGCUCCAUCACAAUUGAAAAGAACAGCACAAACUCUUCUAAUGCUUUUAUAUCACGGAAUUGGAAAAGGAUUUGGAAGUAUUAUUGGUGGUUGCAUUAUUAAAUCUGCAGGCACACGGCUAACAUUCCAGAUUUAUUCCAUUAUUGCAUUACUCAUAUUGGGUAUACAUUAUGGAAUGAAUCGAUUAUUCAAAUAUGACGAUAUUAAAUAUAGUCAUGAAUUUGACGAUGAUGAUGAUAUGCCUGUUGCACCUCAAGGAUUACCGUUACAUCAUGGUGAAAGUAAAUUAACUGAUGCUUUCAAUCAAACAUCUGUUACAAAUACAAAUUAUGGUACCAUUGAAACCAAAGAUCCAACCCAGGAAGCGUAUGAUCGUUACGUUAAGCUACCACCCGUGAAUAAUAUGUGA